AUGGGCUCUAAUACGUAUAUAAUUCGUAAAUUUAGGUCUUAUGAAACCCUCGUCCCCCACUCAACUAACUUCGUUUUUUUCUUGUCCCUCAACGAAGAACCUUCUUCUCUUUUGGCCUCUCAUCAUUUGUUGACGAAGCAUUGGUGUUUGUUGACGAAGUGUUUGUGUUCGGCCUUCUCUUUUAGUUUUCUCGUUCUGCCUUCUCGUUCAGCCUUCUCGUUGGUGUGGUUCUGUGCAUUGAGCUCACGAAGUUCGUUGUUGUGGUUGCUUAAGGUGACGUCUUCAACGGUCCCUUCAUUUGGUUUGAUUGUGUUUCGCACUUUGUGUAGAUUUAAGCCUGCUACUGUGGUUGUCACUUCUGAACUUCCUCUCGGUUCAGGAUUGGGUUCCUCGGCUGCGUUUUGUGUGGCUCUGGCGUCGACCUUGUUGGCUUAUACUGAUUCUGUUUCUCUGGAUUUGAGUCAUCAAGGAUGGCUCUCCUUUACAGAGAAGGAUCUUGAGUUCGUAAAUAAGUGGGGCUUUGAAGGGGAGAAGAUCAUUCAUGGAAAGCCAUCUGGAAUUGGCAACACAGUAAGCGCGUAUGAGCUUGCUCUACCACGGAGAAAGGUGCAAGCAGGAAACAGAGAGAAGGAAAGGAAAACUGCAAAAGAGGAAAGAGGUGCCGAGAAAGAGAAGAUACUGAUCAUGGAACUUCUGCACAAAGAGUUGGAGAAGGAAAUGGCAAGGAUUCCCAAGGCUAAUCCAUGCCCUUUUUUUGAUCCCACCAAAACCAUGAUAGUUAGAAAGUUGAUUAACUGGUUGAAUAUCCAAAUUUAUAUAAAGGUCCAAAUUAACUGGUUGAGCACGAUACCACGCCUUACGUAUCUGGACAACAUAUUUGGUAGUACUAACGUGUGGUAAUGGGCUACCAAGAGUUUCACUUCCCAAAUAGCAAGUGUAUGAUUUAUUGCUAAUGAAUGCCACUUGGUAAAAUGGUAUAUGAUCAAGUAAGCAUAUCAAAUAAUGAUGAAAAUGAAGAACAAGAAUGAUGAUCAAAUGAAUGAAAAUGAAGAACAAGAAAGAUAUGAAACGAAGAACAAGAAUGAUAAUUAUUAUUCAGAACAUUUCUUGAUUUGUUACGUAAAAGAACAUGUUUAUUUUUAAUUUUUAGGAUUGAACAUAUAUUAACUUUUAAGUUAAAAAAUUAAUUGUAUUUUAAAUUUUACAGUUUAUUUUAUAUAAUAAUAAUUACUUUUGGUUUUA